CCCCAAAAAAAAAUAUUUCCACCGCACCAUGUUGGAUCUGUCAUGCCCAUACAGACAAUCAGCUGUAACUCUUCAAUUCCCCCCGCUAGAAAACAAAGGAAAUAAUCGUACUUUUAACAUCUCGAACGCCGUUCUUUCGAGAAUUCGGCGAGCUGUAAGUUCUUGAAACACACGACCGCAGCAGUUCCUCAACAUCGCGGUCGAAGAAGAAUAUAAGAACAGAGCCCGGAAAGAGACUCUGUUUUGGUCUGAAGAUCGAAAACGUGCGGGGAGUUUUUAGCGGCUGGACGAGGUGGGCAACCGCCGCUUCUCUGGGUGCUUCACCCUCGCGCUCUCCCUCCAUGUUCUUACCUUCUUUGUGCUUCCUGAGCCCGCCGUCUGAAUCUUGCACCCCGGUUUGCUGCGGCGGCUAGUGGGGCGAGGCUUCUGCGUCGGCUUGCCGUUUCGCUUUUCGCAUAGGGACGAGAUAUGAGGAAUUUGUGGAGCUGGAAUGUGAAAUCAAUCGCAGCCCACGAGUUUUUAGUGCUCCAAGAUUCAAAUGUGAAAGCAUCAAGCGGCCGAGCUCUUUUCUUGCUCACAUGUAGCGCGAGAGCCUGAAAAGAUUGGGGAUUUGCGCUGCUCUUGUUGUCUGUUUGCUUUUUUGGGUCCCCUACUUGGCUCGACAGGGGAAUGAAUCAUCUCCUUCUCAUCAGAGCAAUUCUUGUAUCAUUCUGUUGCACUCUAAUUUGUGGAAUUUCUGGCGUUGUCCCUCUGUAAAGCUGUGAUAGCUUGGUCGAAUUAGAGCUCGCGGUCAUUUGUAAGUUCGUGCCUGAACGAUUCGCAACUACAGUCGCUCACUGUGGAGAUCUCUUUUUUCUUCUGGGUCCUCCUGGAAAAGGAAGAUUCUUGUAACUGUUCUCUUGAAUUCGGUUGUGGGUCGUGGAGACAUGGGGACUUUGCAUAUCGCGGGCUUGUUGUGGCUUAAUGCGUUUCUUCUGUUUGGGAUUUGUAUGGCGAGCAUUCAGACAGUCGGUCAAAUCUCUCCGGGGUUUCAAGGCUCUCAAAUGAACUGGAUCGAUCAUGGCGGCCUGUUUCUCCUGUCAAACGACUCCAAUUUCGCUUUUGGUUUCGUUGCCAACUCGGAUAUCACUUCGUUUUCACUGGCUAUAAUCCAUCUUGGCACCAAAGCAGUGGUCUGGAGCGCGAAUAGGGACUCGCCAGUCGCGGCGUCGGACAAAUUUGUGUUCGACGCUACUGGCAACGUGUUCCUGCAGAAGGGAGGGAGCGUUGUUUGGUCCACGGAUUCAGGUGGAAAGGGAGUUUCGGUGAUGGAGCUGCAGAAUUCGGGCAAUCUGGUCUUGCUGGGGAACAACAGCGGAGUGAUUUGGCAGAGCUUCAGCCAUCCGACGGAUACGCUGUUGUCGGAACAGGAGUUCGCCGAAGGGAUGAAACUGGUGAGCCAGAAAUCGCAGAACUUGAGCUAUACUCUUGAGAUCAAGUCUGGAGACAUGAUUCUCUCUGCAGCGUAUGGAACUCCCCAGCCAUAUUGGUCCAUGAGGGGCGAUACCCGGAGGAUCAUUAACAACCAUGGUACCCAAGUCACUUCUGCGUCGCUCGAUGCAAAUUCGUGGAACUUUUAUGAUCAAAGCAGAAGUUUGCUGUGGCGGUUUGUGUUCUCAACGAAUACGGAUCCGAACGCCACUUGGAUUGCAGUGCUGGGAAACGACGGCAGCAUCUCGUUCACCAAUUUGCAAAGUAGCAACACUUCUCCAACGCAAAUACCGAACGACCCGUGUGGCACGCCAGAGCCUUGUAACCCUUAUAUGAUCUGUUACAGCAAUAAGAUGUGCCGCUGUCUUCCUACUCUUAGCUCUUACUCGAAUUGUGGAUCGGGAAUUAAUUCUCCCUGCGAUCGUUCGGCAGGUCCUGUAGAUCUCAUUAGUGUGGGGGACUCGAUUAGCUACUUCGCUCUCAAUUUCGUUUCGCCCUCUCUGAAAGCUGAUCUAAAUGGUUGCAAGACCUCUUGCCUUGCCAACUGCUCGUGCCUUGCAAUGUUCUUCCAAACUAGUUCCGGAAAUUGCUAUUUGUUUAAUGAUGUCGGAGCUUUCAAAGCCUCUGAGAGCAGUUCCGGAUUCACUGCCAUGAUUAAGGUAUCGAGUAAUGGAGGGGCUGGUGCAACUCCAGGAGGGAGCGGGAGCAGCAAGAAGCGUGUGAUUCUUGUUGUUGUCAUUUCGGUUGUGACCGUGCUUCUGGUUUUUGGUUUAAUUUAUGGAGGGUUCAGAUGGUAUGUGUCGACGGGAAAGUUUCCGGGAACGCCCGAAGGGACUUCAGAAGAGGACAACUUUCUGGAGAAUUUGGCCGGGAUGCCAAUCCGUUUCAGUUACAGAGAUCUUCAAACGGCGACUGACAACUUCACGAGGAAGCUCGGGCAAGGUGGUUUCGGCUCUGUGUACCAAGGAGUCCUCCCAGACGGAACGAGAUUGGCUGUGAAGAAAUUGGAAGGCAUCGGCCAAGGAAAGAAAGAGUUCAGAGCAGAAGUCUCUAUCAUCGGAAGCAUACACCAUCACCACCUGGUCAGGCUAAAAGGUUUCUGCGCCGAAGGGUCGCACAGACUUCUGGCUUACGAGUUCAUGGCCAAUGGGUCUUUGGACAAAUGGAUCUUCAAGAAAAACAAGGACGACUGGCUCGACUGGGAAACAAGGUUCAACAUCGCUUUGGGCACGGCAAAAGGACUGGCUUACCUGCACGAGGAUUGUGACGUGAAGAUUGUUCACUGUGAUAUAAAACCCGAAAAUGUGCUUCUCGAUGACGGUUUCCAGGCCAAAGUCUCGGACUUUGGAUUGGCCAAACUGAUGACCCGAGAACAGAGCCAUGUCUUCACUACCAUGAGAGGCACGAGAGGUUAUCUUGCACCAGAGUGGAUAACAAACUACGCAAUAUCAGAAAAGAGCGAUGUUUACAGCUACGGAAUGCUGUUGCUCGAGAUCAUUGGUGGGAGAAAGAACUACGAUCCUUCGGAAACCUCGGAAAAAUCUCACUUUCCAUCGUACGCAUUCAAGAUGAUGGAAGAAGGGAAAUUGAGAGACAUCGUCGAUUCGAGCAUCAAGUUCGAGGACAAAGACGACCGCGUCUCCGUCUCGAUCAAAGUGGCGCUGUGGUGUAUACAGGAAGACAUGGCCAUUAGGCCGUCGAUGACCAAGGUCGUUCAGAUGCUCGAAGGCAUUUGCUCUGUACCCAUGCCGCCGAUGUCAUCUCCUUUGGGUUCUCGCCUCUUCCCGAAUAUGUUCAAAUCGAUCAGCGAGGAGGGGACUUCUUCAGGGCCGUCCGACUGCAACAGCGACGCGCAUCUCUCUGCCGUUCGGCUCUCGGGUCCCAGAUAACAGCAAUAGAUAUGUUGUCCAUCCUAUCUUGUUAGGUUCUUUACAUGUAUACUUUGUCAAAGAUGAGAUGAUGAUACGGUGUAUAUUAUUUUGAUCACUCCAAUUUUUUGUAAUGCUAGAGUGGAUACCGAAGAA